AAUACCACACUGUGAUGGACACUAAGCAGAGUAGAAGAGUGGAGAGGCACUUGAGGACACUCAGAGACUUAUUUUAACUCACUGAAGAAGGAAGAGGAUCUACAAUGGCCAACCACAAGGGUAUGAUCACUGACAUAGAUGUGAGGAGUCAAGAGAACAACUUGGCUCACCGCACCAGGGAGAUUGAUCGGGAGCGCCUGAUAGUCCGCAGAGGUCAACCUUUCUCCAUCACCCUGCAGUGCUCUGACUCUUUGUCCCCGCAGCAUCACCUGGAGCUGGUCCUGCACCUCGGUAAGAAGGAUGAGGUGGUCAUCAAGGUUCAAAAGGGACGAGGGGGCGGAGACAAGUGGUGGUUUUACCAACAGGGAGCACAGGAUGAAAUUCUGCUGACCUUGCACAGUCCAGCCGACGCCAUCAUUGGCCACUACCACCUCGCCGUGUUGGUGAUGUCACCAGAUGGACGCAUUUUAGAGAAGACUGACAAAAUUAAGUUCCACCUUCUCUUUAACCCUUGGUGCAGAGAUGAUGCAGUUUACCUCCCUGAUGAGAGUCAGCUCCAGGAGUAUGUCAUGAACGAGGAUGGAGCCAUCUACAUGGGGACCUGGGAUAAUAUCAGCAGUGUUCACUGGAAUUAUGGACAGUUUGAGGACUUUGUGAUGGACAUCUGCUUUGAAGUCUUGGACAACUCAAAGGAGGCCCUGAAAAACUCUGAGAUGGACAUGAAACGGAGAUCCGACCCUGUUUAUGUUGGCAGGAUGAUCACAGCAAUGGUGAACUCUAACGGGGACAGGGGUGUGCUGACUGGUCGCUGGGAGGAGCCGUACUCUGAAGGAACAGCCCCGUACAGAUGGAGCGGCAGCGUGCCGAUCCUGAGACAGUGGAGCAAAGCAGGGGCGAGGGCAGUGAAAUAUGGACAGUGUUGGGUGUUUGCUGGUGUUGCCUGUACAGUGCUGCGCUGUUUAGGCAUCCCAACACGCCACAUCACAAACUUCGAUUCGGCCCAUGACGUGGAUGGAAAUCUCUCUGUGGACUUCCUGCUGAAUGAAAGUCUGGAGAGGUUUGACAGGAGAGACAGAGGGGACAGCAACUGGAACUUUCACUGCUGGGUCGAGUCAUGGAUGAGGAGAGACGAUCUUCCCAGAGGAAAUGAUGGCUGGCAGGUUUUGGACCCGACACCCCAAGAACUGAGUGACGGUGAGUUUUGCUGUGGUCCGUGUCCAGUGACGGCCAUCAAAGAGGGAAAUCUGGGAGUGAAGUACGACGCUCCGUUUAUAUUCGCUGAGGUAAACGCUGACAUCAUCCACUGGAUCAUCAGACGAGACGGACAGAGGCAGAAGAUCAGAGUGGACCAGAAAAGUGUGGGGAAGAACAUCAGCACCAAAAGUGUUUUUGGCGACUUCAGAGACGAUGUCACUCUGAACUACAAAUAUCCUGAAGGCUCCCAGAAGGAGAGGGAGGUGUACGAGAGGGCGGGACACCGGGUGGCAGAACCAACCGAUGGCCAUGCAGAACCAGCACAGCUGCAGCUGUCAGUCAAGCACGCCAAGCCUGUGUUUGGGACUGAUUUUGAUGUGAUUGUUGAGGUGAUCAAUGGAGGAAGCAGGGAAGCUGAUGCUCAGCUUACCAUGCUAGCCAUGGCUGUAACCUACAAUUCUCUCCACCGAGGGGAGUGCCAGAAACAGGUCACCAGUGUGAAAGUGGCUCCUCACAAAGUCCACAGAGAAGUGCUGCGUCUGCGCUAUGAUGACUACGGCAGGUGUGUCUCUGAGCAUCAUCUGAUCAGGGUUAAGGCGCUCUUAGAAGCUGUGGGGGAGAACGACCCCAUCAUGGCUGUAGCAAACAUCCCUCUGAGCAUGCCUGAACUCCAAGUACAGGUACCUGGUAAAGCCUAUCUUUGGGAGCCAGUGACUGUCCACAUAUCCUUCACCAAUCCUCUCCCAGUCCCUCUAAGAGGCGGCGUGUUCACUGUGGAGGGAUCCGGCUUGCUAUCAAGCACAGAGAUCCGCGUUAAUGGAGAUAUCUCUCCGGGUCAAAAGGUGCCGGUGAAGCUCUCCUUCUCACCCGUCCGGACCGGAGUGCGGAAGCUUCUGGUGGACUUUGACUCUGACCGGCUGAAGGACGUGAAGGGUGUCGCCACUGUGGUUGUCCGCAAGAAAUACAAUCCUGUGUUUUCCAGACUUCACCUCUGAACAUUUUACAGGGACACAUGUUAUUGGUGAGAUUCUGUGGCAUUCCCUGAAUGUGAGAGGAGGAGCUGAUGGUUGAAAUAUGCCAAGUUUGAUUAAACAAAAACGCUUUAGAUAUGAGAGAAAGCUAAUCAACGCAAAAAAAAAAAAAAAAAAAAAAAAAAAAAAAUAUAUAUAUAUAUAUAUAUAUAUAUAUAUAUAUAUAUAUAUAUAUAUACAUAUAUAUAUAUAUGUAUAUAUAUAUAUAACAAUAUUAAGCAGCUGCCUGGUAUUUAAACUGUACUUUUAAUGCACACAAGCUAUGUUCCUAAUUGAAAGGUUCUAUUUAUAAUCACAAAAAAAUCUGGUAAUAAUCUUAAAGAUCCUUUAUGAACUUUAGUUCAUGUCGAUUUUUGGCCCCAUGUGGACAUAAGAGUAUUCUAAUCUGUCUUAGAGCUUAUCUGUCAUGUUUUCUGACAAGUAAUCACACUGUAAUAAUUUAACAGCUGUGCCAUGCUUUGGUAGGCAGGCAAAACCAUUCAUGAGGCUCAGUCCAUAUUAAGCUUAAAGCAAUGAUGUUGGAAUCAACAAAAUGCUUUCAGGUAAAGGAAACACCCAAUUCUUAAAUAUGAAUUCCCAAAUAACAAGCAGUACUUCUUAAAGGAGCAUCAUUACUUUAACUCAAUAAUUUAAAUAGAUAUAGCUGACUAUUGGGACAAUCUGUUUUUCUGCCACAAAUCAGGCAUAUUUAUUUCACGUGCCAUUUUACCACAAAGUAAUCCAUCAACUAAUUGCUUUGGCAUGUCUUUCAGGAUCUACUUAACUAUAAUUGACCAGAUAUGAAGAUAUUCUAGAGCUUUCUGAGGGGGUUUUGAUCUUGCGUUUAGGGCCGGGGUCCUCCUCAGGGACCUUUAUUGAUGAUCAAAAUCUAUUUUGAUGUUUUUUUAUUCACUCUUGGCCUUUUUACUUACAUUCAAAGUUUACCUGUCGAUCACUGAAUCCGAUUUCAGAUUUGCACCUGAUAUUUAAUACAGUCUAAAAGGAUUAUUUUAAAGGCCAUUUGAGAAUGAGGCUACAGUCAUCUGCCUACCUUCACCCAAUGAGUAAACUGCCUAUUAUGUGUCUGAAUGUCAAACUCAUGACCAUUGUUAGGAAUAUUAACUUUUAAAAGUAUUUGUAACUUUAAUAUGGGACAUACUGAGAAAAGUAACGUGUUAGAAUUAAUGUUGUCAAAAUGGUUGAUGAAUUUUUAUUAUCUCGGGGUGAAAAUGCGAUUAAAAAUAUAUGCUGAUUAAUCACACCAUGAUGCCAUCACACAACAGGUUGAAGUAGCUUCAUAACAUCCGUGCUCUUAAUUUUCUAAAUUUUAUGGCUUAAAUCCAUAUUCUACAAAUAACACCAUCCUCGACUGACUAGUAAAGGGACAAUCUGCCUUCAAUCUCCCCUUCUUCAGUUUCAGAAGAUAAUAACAAGUUUUUAUGCCCUUCAAGCAUAUUUUUUCUUGAUUGUUUUGUGACUUUUAUUAUUAAAUCGACCAGUAAUGCAAUAUUUCUCAAAUUAUCAACAUAUUCGAUUAAUUAUAAUCAAGUAAUUACAAAUCCUAUGAUAAUUGGAUUCGUUUUUUUAUUGACAGACAGCACUAGUUAAAAUGUUAGAGUAUUUUUAUCUCACCAAAAAUUCAAAAAUUCUUUAUCACUCAUUUCACUUGUUGGUUGUAAUACAGCACAUAGCCUCAAUUACAGUGAGUCUACUUUUCAGUAUGUGGUCAGUGUCGUCAUCCUGCAGUCUGUGGUCCAUAAUCUGUAACACUUCACCCUGAUAAUACCACCAACAGACAUUAAAGCCUUUACAGCUCUUUAAUACAUCUACAAUCUAAAACUAAACUCAGCAGAGGCAUAGCAAACGUAAUACUUUUGCCUCAUUGUUUCAAUGAAAACCAUACAAUGUGAGUUUUGUUAACAUCUGUUUCACCAUGAUGUCUUCUUGUACUUUCAGUUUAAAAAUUCUGCAUAAAUAGGGUAAUUCCACAGUGUACUGCCCUUCUCUCUAUCAUAAGAUUGCAGCAACUUCACACUGACACAGCUGUGUUUACCUGCAUGCUAUGUGCUAACAUGCAAGCAGGUAGGAGAGAAACAGAAACAGUGCUGCUGCUUUUCUGUGGCUGCAAAAGUAAAAUAAGUCAGCUUUUUUAUUCCCUAGAAAUUAAUCAUUUUAAUGAAAAUGUGACUUAAAAAAAUAAUAAUGUGAAUUGCAAAACUAACAUUUUACAUUACUCAUUAAAACCAAACAGACGUCUGAGUACUGAAACAGAUUACUUUGUAAUGCGUUACUAAAAAUACUGACAUGACACACUGUGAGUCUCUGCUGUGUAAAAUGUAACCAAAGGCUGAUUCUUCAGCUUGAUAUUGAUCGUUGUGUGACAACCAUCCCAUUGGAGAAGUUAUUGGAAUUUUAAAAAUUACAACAGAUAAGGAUGCAUGAUAUUAUGGGUAUGAUAUCAGUAGUGGGAGAUUUGAACAUUUCUGCUAAUAUGUACAACCAAUAUUUUUGCUAUGAACAUCUGCCUAAAUUAGCUGCAAAUUUUGGCCAUAAGAAAAAUAAGUUAGUGAAGUUUUAGGCUGGAUCAACAGACCUACAUCAGCCGAAGUCUUUUUCUUUAUUCAUCAUCAUUCUUUACACUUAAAGUGCAUUUUAAGGAGUGAUGUUUUUUUUUAAAUUUGUUCAUCCUUAAACUUUAACCCGUCUGUUUUAUGGACUCAAAUUUUAGGUUGGAACUACAUUUAGAUACUGGUAUCGACAUCAGCUAAAAUGAUUUUGUAAAUAUAGGCAUCAGCAAUCAGCAAAGAAUUCAAUAUCAUGCAUCCUUAACAGUCUUUGCCACUGAUGACCUUGUUUGCCUUCAAAGGUCAUAAAGAGACAGAACAUUUUUUUCAGUCCUGUAAAAACUGCUGUCAGAGUCGUCAAAACUGCUUUGUAUUGGAAAUCUGUACGAUGUUUUUUUUUAAAUCAGUUUGAAUGUGUGAAUUUCUUUGUGCUUUUUCUUCAUGUUAGUUCCACUGUACCAUUUAACUUCCUGCAUUUUUGAACAAUGACUGCAGUCCCAAUCCUUCAUCAUCUUCAAUCUAAAACUAAUUUCUUACCAGAUUCUGUGUGGAAAUGUGCUAUGCACUUUUGAAAUUAAUAAUGUCUUGUGUUUUUGUCAUUCAAUAUGUUCUUGCACUUUUUCCAAUUGCAUUUUGGUCACAAUAUGAUAGAGACCACUUUACAUAUUUGAUAUUACUAUUUAUGCAUUUGCACAAUUAAAAUAAGCUUGUGAAACAUCCAGAGUUUGCUACCAAUAAAAUAUAAUUUUCA